AUGACGCUGACACCUCGUAUUAUUAAAGAAACGGAAAAGAUGCGGAAGGACCCACCGGAAGGCAUUACCGCAACGCCCUCCCCUGAGAACCCGCGUCAUUUCCAUGUGACAAUUCGUGGCCCUCCACAAAGCAGUUAUGAAGGUGGCAUUUUUGAACUUGAACUUUUCCUCCCGGAAGAGUACCCGAUGGUACCAUUGAAGGUGCGGUUUCUUACACGUAUUUAUCAUCCCAACGUGGAUAAGUUGGGACGCAUUUGCCUCGACGUCAUCAAAGACAAAUGGUCCCCAGCGCUACAAAUUGCUCAAGUACUCCUCAGCAUUCAACUAUUGAUGGCCAGUCCAAACCCCGAUGAUCCGCUUGACAAUGAAGUGGCAGGAGCAUGGAAACGUAAUGAAGCUGAAGCCAUGAAGGUUGCACGGGAAUGGACAAAGAAAUACGCCAACAAGGCGUGA